AUUUCAGUUUUUCCCAUGUCGCUUUUUUUUUGUUGCCAAAAUGUGCAAUCCGCACUCCGACCUGCGAAAGGCAGCAAUACGCAACACAGCGUCGAGUCUGCCGGAAAGCCACACGAAGAAGAUCUAUUUACCGCUGAAAUAAAGGUGGGAGGAAAACUAAAGCGAGGAAAAUACAAUUCAGGUGGCUCUCAGCUCUCUGCUAUGUCUUUGGAGAAGACCUCCGAUCUGGCCAAUGAGAACACAUGUCUGCCGUCCUCACUGACCCUUGACCUCCGCUCCCCACAUAGUGCUCUGCUUGAUUCUGACUUGAGCAAGAAGGCCAAAGGCACCACCUCCACCAAGAAGCGCCACAAUUAUGCCACAUCCACUCCUCUGGACCUGCUGAAUGGCACCAAGGGCGGCAAUGACAUCGAUGAGGAUGAGUGCAGUCAGCAGCGAGAGGAGGAGAGGGUCCGGAACCAGGAGAACGAGCAGGGCCAGCACAGCACAGGGACCAAUGCCAAGUGGCUCAAGGAGGAUCAGAAUCAACUGCGCAAGGUGGCAGAGAGGCAGCAGGACCAGAAUAGAAAUUCUGACCAAGAUCUGAAUCACAACGAGAGCCCAGAAGGAAACCCCAACCAGAACUCUUUAGUGGUGGACCAGCAGGUGGAGGACAGUGAGCAGAACCCCUCUUCUAAGACCCUGAGGUCCCUGUGCUCUGACCUGAAUGAGCCUCUGCUGAUCGAAAACUCAGAGGCCCCUCAUGGGAAAGAGGAAGAAGAGAAAGAGGAAGAUGAGGAAGAGCCUCUACUUCUUCCAACAGGUGGAGAGAGGGACACAGACUCGUCUGAGGCGCAAAGUAGCAGUGAGUCUCAGAGAGAUGACAGUAGAGAAGUCAAGGAAACCUGCUUGCUGUUUCAGGGCAGAAAUGCAGCACCCAGUGAUGAGGACUCCAGCUGUAUGUCACUGUCUCAGGGCAGCACAGCCAACAGCACGCCAGAUGGUGACCCAGAAUCUUACUGGGAUCGCAGUGCGUUUGAGACGGACACAGACCUGCCUGCGGGGUGGAUGCGGGUCAGAGACGAGUCCGGUACCUACUACUGGCACAUCCCCACAGGCACCACCCAGUGGGAGCCCCCCUCUCCCCUAGAGGAGGGAGAAGCCCCAGAGAGACCCUCCAGUACCUCCCCUGUCAUCACACCCAGUGAGGAGCCACAGUUGACGUGGAGUAGUCUCACCCAGUCCCGCCCCAACAGGUUUAAUGACGAGGAGUUCUGGAAGGAGGAAGAUGCAAUGGCUGAUCAGACCCUGAAGGAUUUUGAAGGAGCCACAUUGCGUUAUGCCUCUAUCAAUCUCAGCUGUUCACAGUCUGAAGGAAAGGAGAAGAUGAGCUCACUCAUCAAUGACCUGGACGCUAAGGUUUUUGCUGUGCGGUCUCUGGGCUGGGUGGAGAUAUCAGAGGAGGAGAUGGCUCCAGGGAAGAGCAGCGUGGCUGUCAACAACUGCAUCAGACAGCUCUCUUACCACAAACACAACCUGCACGACACGGCUGGGAUCUGGGGAGAGGGAAAAGACAUGCUCCUUGUUCUGGAGAAUGAGACCUUGAACCUGAUUGAUCCUUUGGGCCAGACUCUGCUGCACACCCAGCCUAUCGUCAGCAUCCGAGUGUGGGGAGUGGGCCGGGACAACGGCAGGGAGAGGGACUUUGCCUACGUGGCGAGAGACAAACUGACUCAUGUUCUGAAGUGCCAUGUGUUCAGGUGUGAUACACCUGCUAAGAACAUUGCCACCAGCAUGCAUGACAUCUGCUCUAAGAUAAUGGCCCAGAGGAAAUCAUCCAAGUCCUCUCUGAACAGACUCAACAUAGACCCCUCUAAACUGGUGGACAUUCCUUUCCAGGAAUUCCCUGCACCAAAGAAUGAGCUAGUCCAGUCCUUCCAGGUACGUUACCUGGGUAACGUGCCGGUGGCUAAACCCGUAGGUAAGGAACGCUUUGGUAUGGACCUAGUCAACGUAGCCCUCAACACAGCAAUCAAUUCCAAAGAGAAGGAAGAGUGGACGCCAGUUACUGUGAACGUGGCUUCAGCCACACUUACAAUAGUCACAGCUGAGACAGAGGAGGUUCUUUCUGAGUGCCGGGUGCGGUUCCUGUCCUUCAUAGGCGUGGGGAAGGACAUCCACACCUUUGCCUUCAUCAUGGCCGAGGGCCCCGGGGACUUCAUCUGCCACAUGUUCUGGUGUGAGCCCAACGCUGCCAGCCUUAGUGAGGCUGUGCAGGCCGCCUGCAUGCUGCGCUACCAGAAGUGUCUGGACGCCAGGCCCCCCAGUACCAGCUCCUGCCUGCCAGGCCCACCAGCCGACUCCGUGGCACGUCGUGUGGGCUCCAGUGUCAAGAAGGGGGUUCAGAGCCUGCUGGGCAGCUUCAAGAGGUCUGGGUCCCAGACGCCCUGAGAGGUGCCAACCAACUAACCCACUCCAGUCCACCCCCAGGCCCAGCCCACCAUGCCAGCCAUGGCUCUCCUCACUCCUCCAUUCCCUCUCUCUCCCCCCACCCUGAGGUGUUAUGGUAUAACCUGCUUCCCUCUCAACACCUGUCAUCUCUUUUAGAUGUGAUGUCAGAGCCGUGGGCAGUGUGGGCUGCCGGUGUGGUUGGGGUACCAGUGAGCCUAGCACUGCCCACAGCUGCUCCACGCUUUUCACUUCCUUCACGUAAUCCUUGGUUGGACAAGUAGGCCAUGUUUUCCUUCCAUUGUUUGUUUAAUCUGUGAUCUGUUAAGAGGAAACUGCUGGAUUCAUGGACAGUGGUUUGAAUGACAGCAAUAGUUGGUUAAACUUGGUCUAGUUUGCAAAGUACCAACACUAAUUAUGCUUAGGAAAGCAGUACUGUUCUGUAACAUUGUCUCUGCUGUUUGUUUUGCAGAACAAAUAUAGUAUAUUAUUUGUGAGGAUAGAAAUGGAAGAAGUGCAAUUGAAUUGUGAAUGUUGAACUCAUGCCAUUUGCUUGUGGAACUAUCAUGUUGGUUUUCAUUUCAAAGUAGAUUUGAAAGAAAUGAUUGAGAAAUAAAAUGGCAUGAGAAGUCUGUAUAAAAUGCAUCAUGGUGAAUGUCAGUGGUGGAAGAACUAAGACUCGCUAGCUACGAAUGUAAUAUUCGGCAAAUAAAAUGCUAAUCGUUUGGGUCAUUAAAAUCUAUACUUUGUACAGUACAUUUGUUAAUGCCUAAAUAGCUUAGCAUCCCCUCUUCCAUCUGAUGGAGCUGGUAAAUCAGCAAGUGCAUUAUCUUUAUUUUAUAGCUAUAUUUUUAUUUGUAUGUGUAUUGCAAAUUGCACUAAAAAGUGUAGUUCAGCUCCUCAAAUCUGAAAUGGAGAUGGCAUACUUUUAGAGCAUGGCUCAAGUUUUAAUGAAACCUCUCAAAUCUCAAAGAAAGCUUUGGCUAUCUUUUACUGCACUCCAGCUGUAUACCAAGUGGGGGGUACUGUAUGUUGGAGUCGAGGAAUAUAUCAUCUUUGUGAUGCCAAAGCUAGAAGAAUCAUGUGUUUUUAUGGUGUUCCUCUUCAGAUCUAUUGUGUGGAAAUUGACCUGAAGGUGAUUUUACCAUCCUUUUGUUAUGUUCAGAUAACCCCAAAAAUGUUGAAUCUGUUUAACAACAUUUUCCUUUCAUGUAAGUGUUAUACGCUGUUCCCUCUACUCCAUUCUCUAUGCAUUUUUAGUGUAUGUUUUUUGUUACGUCUAAGCAGAGUGACAGAGCUACUGUUAGCUACCGAGGUGUCCCUGCACACUAACAUCUGCCAACUUUUGUCUCUUAACCAAUUGGGUCUAAGGGCAGAUGGUACGUUUAGUAUUGUUGCGAUAGGCAUGACACUGACCAAUAAGAUUGUAUUUGUCACAUGUGCCGAAUACAACAGUGAAAUGCUUACUUACAGGCCCUUAACCAACAAUACAGUUAAAAUUACACCAAAGUAUGUCAUUACCACAUAUUGUUCGUUUAACACCGACAUUAUUUUAUUUUACGUUUUUGAAACUUAUGACUGCCCUCGGGUGGGCUUUCAAAUAGUCUUGUUCAUGAGCAGUGUGUCUGACAACACUAUAGGAAAGCUAAGAAGCCUGACACAUUCAGUCUUCAGAAGGCAUUUUGUUAUGCAGAGAUUGCAAUACGGAACGUGUUGCUUACCCACAGACAGUGUUUUUCUGUGAAAGAGACAGACUUAAAGUAUGUGUUGGAGUUUCUUCCUUGCGGUGUAAGUCAUAUGAACACGACAUCUUUAAAAUAAUUUAUCCCAUAGUUGACUGACUAGAUUUCCCCCUUUUUUUUUAAUGCAGUUGGUUCAAAAUAAGUUAUAUUUUUUAUGAAAUUAUAUUUUUCUACGUGUGUGUAUAAUAUACUGUAUCUGUGAGGUAGACAUGCCUUUUUUUUUGCCUCUGUUCUUACCACUGUGGUCACUGGUGCAGCAGUGUUUCCAAAUCUGUAUCGCUAGACUAUAGUUAUCCUCCUUCACAUUAUAGCACCACAGUUCUUCUUCCUCUCUCUGAUCUGUUUUGGACAGCAGUUUGACCAGACAAUAAUGAAUUUGACUAAUGCCUUGCUUCAGCUGCUCUGUCACUAAGUUUUGACUCAUAAAAACAGAAGUGUAUGUACAAUUUAGUUUUUGGGUUUUACACAUUCAGAUUUUUUUUAUUUUUAAGUUAACUGAAUUUGUGUCCAUGUAAUUUCCUUUGGUCCUAUAAUUGUUACUCCUUACUAUACACACUAUGUACUCCACUACUUACUAUAAGUGUCAGACAUUGGUUGCCUUAUACAAACAGAGCUUCCUGGUGUUCUAUUUGAUUUUGAAUGCACACUGUAAUGUUGUACCAUGCUUUGCUUCUGGAGGCCUCAAUAAUACUUUCAAGAAAUGUUGUGUUUUGUGGCUAUAGAUAUGACUACAUGAAUUCACAUGUGUUUCCUCUCAUUUCAAUAGUGACUGUCACUACACAUCUCAUCCACAUAUUUCUCACCUGUUUCUUUUCAGUUUUGCUGAGAAACCUGUUUUCACCCAUAUAUUCACUACAGUGUAGAUGCCAACCUAUGGGAGCACAUUGCAUGGCUGCCCCAUAAAUGGUAUAUAAGGACUGACCCCAGACUCAGAACAGGGGAGCUCAGAGGUCUUCCGUGUGUUUCAGCGCUGUGAGGACAAAUAUAGGACACGAUAGGAAGUCUUGGGUAUACGUUUAACCUACCCAUUGGAUCAAGCGUAUACAUUGGUUACGCUUGAGAUAUUUAGGUUGCUUUGGUGACAUUUAAAUGAUAAAUAUAUGUCUAAGGAUUUAGUCAUGGCAAUAAAAAAGUCAUAUGCUUUUCUUUAAUUUAAGAUGAAUAUUAUUGAAUGAUUACACGUUAAGGGUGAGAAACAGACUUUGAUCCAAAUGAACCGCAACACUAAUAUGAUAGGGAUGUGAUCAUGUCCUCUGUCAUAAGCCAUGGAAAAUAUAUGUACAUUCUCUUGACAAACCUGAACUUUUGUGUGCCUUUUGUUUGUUUCGCAUGAUGUGUUCAAAGAGUAUUAAGAAAACCUUGAAGUGAUAGCUUUUGUUCAUACUGUAUGUGAGCAUUUUUUAAAUGUUUUGUUUCCUUUAAUAUCCACUGAUGACUGUAAUGCAAGAAAAAGGGUUAGUUUUUUAAUUAUAUCUAAAGAAUGUAAAUGAGAUGUUAUGUAUAUGUAGUAUUAGUCAAAAGUUUGGACACCCUACUUAUUCAAGGGAUUGUAUUUUUCCUAUUUUCUACAAGACAUCAAAACUAUGAAAUAACAAUUGAUAGUCCCACUAAGUGCAAACCAGAUGGGAUGGCGUUUCGCAGCAGAAUGCUGUGGUAGCCAUGCUGGUUAAGUGUGUCUUGAAUUCUAAAGAAGUCACAGACUGUGUCACCAGCAAAUCACCAUCACACCACCUGCUUCAUGGUGGGAACCACACAUGCGGAGUUCACCUACUCUGUGUCGCAUAAAGACAGCGGUUGGAACCAAAAAUCUCAAAUUUGGACAGAUUUCCACCGGUCUCAUGUCCAUUGCUAAUUUUUCUUGGCCCAAGCAAGUCUCUUCUUAUUGGUGUCCUUGAGUAGUGGUUUCUUUGUAUCAAUUUGACCACGAAAGCCUGUUUCACGCGAUCUCCUCUGAACAGUUCAUGUUGAGAUGUGUCUGUUACUUGAACUCUGUGAAGUGUUUUUUUAGGGCUACAAUCUGAGGUACAGUUAACACUAAUGAACUCAUCCUCUGCAGCAGAGGUAACUCUGGGUCUUUCUUUCCUGUGACAGUCCUCAUGAGAGCCAGUUUCAUCAUAGUGCUUGAUGGUUUUCGUGACUGCACUUGGAAGAAACUUUCAAAGUUUUUGAAGUGUUCUGUAUUGAAUGGCCUUCGUGUCUUAAAGUAAUGAUGGACUGUCGUUUCUCUCUGCUUAUUUGAGCUUUUCUUGUCAAUAAUAUGGACUUGGUCUUUUACCAAAUAGGGCUAUCUUCUGUAUACCACCCCUACCUUGUCACAACACGACUGAUUGUCUCAAACGGCAUUAAGAAGGAAAUCAAUUCCACAGAUUAACUUUUAACUGUGCACACCUGUUAAUUGAAAUGCAUUCCAGGUGACUACCUCAUGAAGCUGCUUGAGAGAUUGCCAAGAGUGAGCAAAGCUGUCAAGGCAAAGGGUGCUACUUUGAAGAAUCACUUUUUGGUUACUACAUGACUCCAUAUGUGUUAUUUCAUAGUUUUGAUGUCUUCACUAUUAUUCAACAAUGUAGAAAAUAGUUUAAAUUUUUUUUGAAAUAAAAUAAAACCUUGAAUGAGUAGAUGUGUCCAGACUUUUGACUGGUACUUUACAUGUAUAUUAAAAUCAACUGUCACAGGACAAAAUAAAAAGUGGAGCUGUUUCGUUGUGGGCCGUUGUGGGCCGCUGAAUAGCACUGUGAGUAGCUGGGUGCACAUCACCUCAUUCAGGAUGCACUCCAAACAUGGUUUAAAAACAAACAAAAAUUGGAUUACUUGUAGAAGACCAGAUGCAUACACAGUUUGCAAUGAAUGACUUGGAAAUGUUUUUUUCAUCAUCAAUGUGAGUGAGAGACUGAAGAAUAUUGAGAAUUCUCCUCAUGCUCCUGGUUGUCUCAGUUUACAGUUGAAAUGAUUUUUUUUUACAAACUAACAUGAAUAUUUAUGAGGCUGUGUCAAUAAAACAAAGCCAACACCAUCUACAAUUAUUUCAACAUUUUAUUUCCUCCUCUCCACAUUGCCUGCUGUUAAUAAUCUAAAUGAGUUACACACCGGAAGGGGUAAAUAGAAUCACAUGUAAAUAUGCUGUGUUCCAGUUGACAGUCAGUGGAUUACCAUUUCCAGAGCCUCUUCUCCCUGUAUUUGCUUUGUUCUCGUUUUUCUAAUUGUCCUGUUUUUCAGUAUGCAGCCUCCUCAGUCCAAACUCCUCUGUUGUCUCACAGACCUUUAUGUCGGUCAUCAUAGGGCAUUACGUUUAGAUGUACAGUGCCUUCAGAAAGUGUUCACACCCCUUGACUUUUUCCACAUUUUUUGUUACAGCCUAAAUUAUAAAUGGAUCAAAUUU